AUGAAGACUGCAAAAAAAACCGUUUUGGAAGGCUGGAACAACACGGAUGAGGCUGAAGGAAGCUGGAACGUGUAUGUAGCAAGAAGCAAAGCAUGUAAGAGACAUUUACUCACGUGGCAGAAGAAAACCUUUUCAGCGGCUGACAAAGAGAUUGGCAAACUAAAGCAGGAGCUUGCCUUCAUUAAUGAUCAACCACAUGACAUUAUUGACUGGGGACAAGUAGCAGGACUGAAGGCUAGGAUCAACCAACUCUUGAAACAAGAGGAGAUGUAUUGGGGCAUGAGAUCAAGGAUUAAAUGGGCCAAAUGGGGCGAUCGUAACACCAAAUUUUUUCAUGCAAGUACAAUCCAAAGACGUGAUGUGAAUAGACUAGAGAAGCUAAAGGAUGACUCUGGUAACUGGUUGGAUGGGCAAGAUACCAUAAUGAAAUUGUUUGUCAAACACUACCAAGAUAUCUACACAAGAGGAGAAGUCCAAGGGAUAGAGGAUUGCUUGAAAGACCUAAAUAUCACAGUUCCUCCAUCACUCAAUGAAGAAUUGUGUAAGAGUAUCACUGAUGAAGAGAUUAAGGAUGCGGUGGAGUGUUUGGGCAGCCUUAAAGCCCCUGGCCCCGAUGAGAUUAAUGAGACCGUGGUAACCCUCAUCCCCAAGAUCCCCAAUCCGGACUCAACCACUCAUUACCGCCCUAUUAGUUGUUGCAACUUCACUUACAAAGUCAUAUCUAGAAUCAUGGUGUCUAGACUAAAGGGUGGACUUAAUCACAUCAUUACCCCCAAUCAAAGUGCCUUCGUGGGGGGGGGGGGGAGAAUGAUCCAAGACAACAUCAUGAUUGCCCAGGAGGCCUUCCACAACAUCCUAAAGAAAGGGAGAGAGAGCAAGGAUCAUAUUGCUAUCAAGCUUGACAUGAGCAAAGCUUAUGAGAGAGUGGAAUGGAGUUUUCUUGAAAAAACACUUCAUGCUUUUGGCUUCAAUAGCCAUUUGAUUGAUCUGAUUAUGAACCUAGUUAGGGGGGUCACCUACAAACUCAAGAUCAAUGGUUAUUUAUCCCAAAAAAUCACUCCUCAACGUGGACUCCGCCAAGGAGACCCGCUUUCACCUUACUUGUUUGUUCUUUGUGCAGAUAUUCUCUCCCAUAUGCUAAGGAAAGCACAAGAGAAGGGCUCUAUCCAGGGCAUCAAACUUGCACCUACUGCCCCAAGCCUCACACAUCUCUUCUUUGCGGAUGACUCUCUACUUUUCAUGAGAGCUACCAGCCAAGAGGCUUACCACCUUAUCAACCUACUUAACACCUUCUCUUUGGCCUCUGGACAACGCAUCAACAUCCAAGAAUCUGGGUUAAUUUGCAACCGUGCCCUGGAACACCAGCGUGGAGGGCAACUUGCAAGCAUCCUCAACAUCCAAGUUUGGGAAUCCCCAGGAGUCUACCUAGGGCUUCCGGCCAUUUGGGGAAGAAAUAAAACCCACUCCCUAGCAUGGCUAAAGGAUAGAAUUGAAGGAAAAAUGACAGGAUGGAAGGAAGUUCUCCUCAAUCAAGCGGGCAAGGAAAUCCUGAUUAAAGCGGUAAUACAAGCCAUUCCCACUUAUGCCAUGGCCAUCAUCAAGUUCCCCAAAGGCUUUUGUGAUUCCCUUAACUCAAUGGUGUCUAGGUUUUGGUGGAAAGGACAACACAAUCAACGUGGGAUACACUGGAAAAAAUGGGAGGUGCUUACCAAGAGAAAGUUAGAUGGGGGAAUGGGCUUCAGAGAUUUCUCACUCCAAAACUUGGCACACCUUGCCAAUCAAGCUUGGAGACUUUUAUCCAACCCUGAAGCACUGUGGGCCAAAAUUCUAAAAGCAAUCUACUACCCCGACAGUGAUUUUCUAGAAGCCACUAAACCCAGAAGAACUUCAUGGAUGUGGACAAGCUUGCUGGAUGGUUGUGACUUCCUAAAGACCCAUGGACGAUGGGCUAUAGCAAAAGGGGACAAUAUCAAUGUUUGGGAAGAUAAAUGGUUAUGGAAUGGAGAAAAUCUCCAUCAAUGGAGCAAUGGACAACCCCUUAAGGUUAGCACUCUCAUUGAUACCUCUACUGGCAAGUGGGAUGAGGUUAAAAUCAAUGCUCUCCUUCCAAGUACCCAAGCCCUAAAGGUUCUCCAAACACCCAAAGGACUUGUAGAAGAGAAGGAUAGGUUCUUCUGGCCUCAUCAUCCAUCAGGUACUUAUAGUGUUAAAUCGGGUUACCAAACCUCUAGAAUGAUGGUGCCCGUUCCUACUGAGCUAGCUGGCCCCUCGCGCAUGAUCCCUACUGAACUCUGGACCGCUAUCUGGAGCAGCCCAGUCCCUCCAAAGAUUAAGCAUUUCAUCUGGAAGGCAUGCCAUAAUGCGGUGGCAGUCAAGCACAACCUCCAUCGCAGAAGGAUCUCAACUAGUGACUUAUGUCCUGUCUGCAAUAGGGAACCAGAAACCAUCGAACAUACUCUUCUUCUAUGCCCUUGGACUAGGGCUGUAUGGUGUGGCUCACCCCUCCAACUCACUAUUUGCACUAACAUUACCAGCUUUGAUGAAUGGCUAAUCCUCGUCCUAAAUAGACUUAGUUCUCCCAACUCUCUGGACAAAGGACUAUCUCUCCUAUUCUAUACACUUUGGACCAUUUGGAAGGAUAGAAACAAAGCAGCGUUCUCGAAUGAGAACCCCAAUCCUGGGAAUGCUAUUAGACAAGCACAAUCACUUCUUCAAGAUUGCAUCCAGGCAGAAAAUGAUAGUAACAAGAAGGACAAUCACUCAUCCAUGGGGAGAAGAAUUCAAAACUGUAACGCUUGGAAGGCACCAACAAGAGGAAUGAUCAAAUUGAACACAGAUGCUACCUGGGUAAGCACCUCACUCUCGUGCUCUCUGGCCACUAUUGCCCGCAAUCACUCAGGAAGAGUCCUUACCGGUACAGUUUCCCAUCUUCUCUGCCCGACACCUCUCGCGGCAGAAGCCUCAGCGGUGAGAGAAGCCCUGAUUCUUGCUUCCAAUCUGGGUUGGGGUGACAUUUGGAUUGAAUCGGAUUGCCUCCAAUUGAUAGAAGCCUGCAACAAGAAAAGGCAAGUAGGGGAGAUUCAAAUACUCACAGAUGAUAUCACUAAGUUGAGUAACAACUUCCUACACUGCAAAUUCUCCUGGAUCCCAAGGAGAGUAAAUUGUGUUGCUCACUCAAUUGCGAAUCUCCACAACAGGCACCUCCUUCCCCCCAACUGGCUCUUUACUCCACCCCAACAGAUUGCUGCACAAUUGAGAAAAGACAGUCUCCCCUUCGUAGCAGAGCCAGAUUGA